UAAUAUUAAUAAUUCUGUUAAUAAUGAUAAUAAUAGAUUUAGUGAAUAUGAUUCUAAUGAUAGUAGUUAUAAUAGUUAUGAUGAAUAUGAAGAAUUAAUACGAGAUAUUCAUAAAGUUACUAGUAAAGAUAGUUUUUAA